UCAUAAGUCAGCCCUAGAAUUAUGUAGGUUGAAGGCUCCCAGUGGACAGACCGAACAUAUAAGAAGGAAACCAGAGAUCUGGUGCUAUUACUUCCCAGAGUCCAAGGGAACGAAUGAGCACAGAAUUAAAAGCAUUCUUCAGCUUAAAUUUUUACGGGGUGCACUUAAGAACCAGCCAAGCAGAUUUAUGAUAACUAAGUUUUAAACUUCAACAACCAGAGGUGCAAAACUUAGUAGCUGCUGACAUUUCAUUAUGAAGGGCAACGGCACCCUUGCCACCAUCAGCAGAAACAUUACCAGCAGUCUUCACUUUGGUCUUGUGAACAUCUCUGGCAAUGGGUUUGCUUUUAACUGCUCGCACAGGCCAUCAGAUAAGCAUUUAGAUGCAAUUCCUGUUCUCUACUAUAUCAUUUUUGUGAUUGGGUUUCUUGUCAAUACUAUUGUGGUUACACUGUUUUGUUGUCAAAAGGGUCCUAAAAAGGUUUCCAGCAUUUAUAUCUUCAACCUGGCUAUAGCUGACUUACUGCUUUUGGCUACUCUUCCUCUUUGGGCAAGCUACUAUUCUUACAGAUAUGACUGGCUCUUUGGGCCUGUGAUGUGUAAAGUUUUUGGUUCUUUUCUGACCCUGAACAUGUUUGCAAGCAUUUUUUUUAUCACCUGCAUGAGUGUUGAUAGGUACCAAUCUGUCAUCUAUCCCUUUCUGUCUCAAAGAAGAAAUCCCUGGCAAGCAUCUUACAUAGUUCCCCUUGUUUGGUGUAUGGCUUGUCUGUCCUCAUUGCCAACAUUUUAUUUCCGAGAUGUCAGAACCAUUGAAUAUUUAGGUGUGAAUGCUUGCAUUAUGGCUUUUCCACCUGAGAAAUAUGCCCAAUGGUCAGCUGGGAUUGCUUUAAUGAAAAAUAUCCUUGGUUUUAUUAUUCCUUUAAUAUUCAUAGCCACAUGCUAUUUUGGAAUCAGAAAACACUUGCUGAAGACCAAUAGCUAUGGGAAGAACAGAAUAACUCGUGACCAAGUUCUGAAGAUGGCAGCUGCUGUUGUUCUGGCGUUCAUCAUUUGUUGGCUUCCCUUCCAUGUUCUGACCUUCCUGGAUGCUCUGGCCUGGAUGGGUGUCAUUAAUAGCUGUGAAGUUAUAGCAGUCAUUGACCUGGCACUUCCUUUUGCCAUCCUCCUGGGAUUCACCAACAGCUGCAUUAAUCCCUUUCUGUAUUGUUUUGUUGGAAACCGGUUCCAACAGAAGCUCCGCCGUGUGUUUAGGGUUCCGAUUACUUGGCUCCAAGGCAAGAGAGAGAGUAUGUCAUGCCGAAAAAGCAGUUCUCUUAGAGAAAUGGAGACCUUUGUGUCUUAAAUGCAGGUUGUCAACAUAGCUGCUUGGUUGAAGGUUUCCUUGAGCUCUCUUUUAAUGACUUUAGUAAAACAGUAAGCUUCUCCCUUAACAUAAUCUUUCUUCAUUUAUAUAGAAAAGGAAGCCACAUGUAACUAAAAGCUUCAUCCUCUAGUACCUUUGAGGAGUUGUUCAUUUCAUUUUCUGGUCUGUUGGGAUGUGAUUUGAGUCAUUAGGGGGACAUAAUCAUAACCUAGAAGUAAUGGGGGGUUAAUUUCAAAUUAUAAUUAAUAACAAUUUGUCUGAUGAUUUGGCAUCUCAGAUUUCUCCUUCAGAAAUACUGAAGUUUUAAAAAACUGCUUUUAUUUGCCUUUUCAUCAGACGUUCUUCUUGAACUAAGGCCAGUCUUUUAACUGAUUGUUUUAUUUACAAAACACCGUAUUAAUGGAUCUGAACACUUUCAAAUUAAGUAUUCUACAAUAGACUGGUACUAGACAGACUCCAGGCACAUGACUUUCACUUUAAAAAUGUUAGAUAUAAUCUUUUUACGAUUCGCUUAAGCAUAUAUUUAAGAUAUAGCAGCAUAUUGAAUAGGGUUAAGUAUAGGUAAGGUCAUAUGUACUCCUAUAUUUUAGUUUAACAGUUGCAGAAAUUAAAAUAUAUAGUAAAAUAGAUUUAUAAUGAACAAAUAUUCAGGGUUGGGAAGAUACCACAGAGUUAAAGUACAGGUGUUGUCUACCUGAGAUGCCUCCAGAGGCUCCAGGUUCUAUAGCUGGCACUGCCAUCUGAAGAACUUAACAAUGCUCUGGUCUCUCUCUCUUUCUCUCUCUCUCUCUCUCAUAAAAAUCAGAAUAUAAAUGAAUGAGUCUUUUAAAUUUUUCACUAAACUCUGAAUAAACACUUUUUAAGCCUUUUUUUUUAAAAAAAAUCUGUUUUAACUAUAGUUUGAAGAUUUCUAUGUAAUCUGAUAAUUUUUAGAAUACAAUAACUAAUCACUGUGUAUUGUUAUAAAACGUAAAAGUUACUUUUACAUCCCAAACUUUUGGAUGUGGUGCUCUGAUAUAUAGGAAGUUGACUUAUCUUACUGAUUGAUUAUUUGGUUCUGAGUUUCUUCCCAAAAUAUCUGUUUGGCUUUUUUUGUUUGCUUGUUUAAAUAUGUAAUCAGUCCUUAAAUGGCAUAGGAAAAAUGUGAUGCCAGAAUGAAAUUUUUGAUCAGAAUCAUCAAGUGACAACAUUUGGUGCCACUCACAAAACCUGUCAGGGAAGCGCAGCAUGGCUUUGAAGAUAUAUACCAUGAUUUUAAGAUUAGAAUAUGAAUGCUAAUUUUAGAAGACAGAUUUUUAAAAAUUCUGUACCAAUUCCUUAUUCUACUAGGUUACCUAGGCCCAUUCUAAACCAGUGCUGAUGUUUGAGGUAGAACCAAAAUGUCUGAGGCUUAGCUUCUUUUUCAGGUUCCAAGUUGAUGUGUAGAAGUAUUCUCUCCCUCUAUUUUCUGGGAGAGUCUUAAUUUCACAGUCUGUUAUUAUCAGUACAAAAUAAGUAGCCAAAUGUAUAAACAAGUAUGAGAUCGCAUUUUCAAUACUUUUGUAAAAAACAUCUCAUAUCAAUAAAGCUUUUAAUUGUAA